AGACCGAGACCGUGAGCCGCGGGUCCAGAGCGGGGGGCGGCCGGCAACAACGAACGAAACGGGCCAACGCCACCACCACCUCGUCCUCGGCACCUCCUCCCCCUGUCGCCGUCCCGUCCACCGGUCCAGCCGUCCAGGUCCAGCUUCCCCCGCGAUCCAGACGACCCCGUCCGCCUCGGCCUGCGCCUCCCCGCUACAAGAGUCCGCCCGCCGCCAGCGCUGCGGUCCCAGCGAGCCUCCUCCACUCUCUGCGGCGCGGAGAUCCUGUCCCUGUCCUUGUGCCCCGGACCGAGAGGAGCCAGGCCGCGGCGUUUGGAAUUUGACAUGGAGGCUGCGGCGGUCGUGGGUUUGGGUACUGGCGCGGGCGCGGGCCUGACCAGGUGGCAGGCGGCGGCGCUGGCAGCGGUGGCCGGGUGGGUGUGUGCGGCCUCCUUCUUCGACCUCACGCGCCGGACGCGCGCGCUCGUCCAGCCGUGGGUCACGCGCCGGGUGCACGCCGAGACGGCGGCCAUCCUCAGGUUACAGAGGUUGUUGGAGCACAAGUUGUUGGACAAUUUCUUCUCUGUGCUGUCAUGCGUUGUCUCCGUGCCCUUCUACACGGGAUUCCUCCCUCUUCUCUUCUGGAGUGGACACGGCAGACUGGCUAGGCAGAUGACCCUCCUCAUGGCUUUCUGCGAUUACCUCGGCAACUCUCUCAAGGAUAUGGUGUCAGCCCCUCGGCCAUGCUCUCCUCCUGUUAGAAGAGUGACAGCUACAGAAGAUGAGAAGGAAAAUGCCAUGGAAUAUGGCCUGCCAUCAUCGCAUGCUCUCAACACUGUUUGUUUGAUGGGAUAUCUAUUACAUUAUGUCCUCACAUAUGGAGAACAUGGCAGUGUUAUAGUUGCUGCGGGUUUAUCUCUAGCUUUCUUACUUGUUAUGCUAGUUGGCAUUGCGAGGAUAUAUUUGGGUAUGCACAGCUUGACCGAUGUUGUUGCUGGAAUUGGUUUUGGAAUUGUCAUCCUUGCAUUCUGGUUGGCUGUCGAUGACCAUGUUGAUGCCUUCAUUGUCUCUGGGAAAAAUGUUGCAACCUUCUGGGCAGGCCUUUCUCUAUUGAUGUGCUUUGCGUAUCCAAAGCCAGAAUUCCCUACUCCUAGCUUUGAUUACCACACAGCAUUCAAUGGAGUCGCUUUCGGAAUUGUGUACGGCAUCCAACAAACCUACUUCCACUUUCACACCCCUGACGCCCCCCUCAUCUUUAGCGCUCAGCUGCCCCUUCCCACAUUCGCCGGGCGCAUCCUCAUCGGGAUCCCAACCAUCCUGAUCGUGAAAUUCUGCAGCAAAGCGCUCUCCAAGUGGCUGCUGCCCGUGAUGUGCAGCACCCUGGGCAUCCCCAUUGUGUCAUCUUGCUACGUCCCUGCCCUGAAAGUCGACAGCAGCGGCAAGAACAAGCAGGCCGCCGGGUACCUCCAGCGGCUGUUCUCUCACUUUCCCCAGAAGGCCUACGACGUGGACACGGGCAUCAGGUUCGUCCAGUACGCCGGCCUCGCAUGGUCCGUGGUUGACUUGGUGCCGGCCAUAUUCAGCCAUUUGAAUCUGUAGCCAGCAGCUACUCAAAAUUUCAUCAAAAAAAAUGGAGCUCCUAAUGCGGCGUUCCUACUCGUAAGACAUGGAUCAUCUUAUGAGGCUGUAAAUCCAAUGAUCUGGCCUUUCUUUUUUUUGUAUUGUAUGUAUAUGGUCGCCUAGCUGUCUUCACCAGGGGCGUUGUUUCCGUAGAGGUGUCCAGUAAGUACUAGCAAUUAGUAGCAUUGAUUUGUGGCUAUGAGACUAUCAUUAUUGUUCGGUUCCAUGACAGAAGUGGACACUACGACGCCACGCCUAACUUGCAGUGGACUGAAUUUUCUGAUUCUUGACAUUAAAGAAAUGACUUUUCUUGCCC